AAUUAUUAUGGCAAGGUGUUACGGAAUGUUGAUGAUUUGAAAACGGGUACCUGUGUACCCAAUACCAGACCAUUACCAAGACACAUAAAAGAUGCAUUGGAAGAAGUUCAUGAGGACAUAGUGGCAAGGUACUAUGGCUGUGGUCUAGUGGUACCACAGUCACAGUCUCUGGAAGGCUGCCAUAUUCUCGAUCUUGGAAGUGGAUCUGGUAGAGAUUGCUUUGUCCUCAGUAAGCUGGUUGGUGAAAAGGGACAUGUCACUGGAAUAGACAUGACCUCAGAACAGAUUGAUACUGCCAGAAAGUACAUUGACCAUCACAUUCAGAAAUUUGGUUUCAAAAAAGCCAAUGUAGAGUUCAUUCAUGGCUACAUUGAAAAUCUCAAAGAAGCAGGGCUGAAAGACAACACCUAUGAUAUAAUUAUCUCUAAUUGUGUGAUUAAUCUUUCUCCGGAUAAGAAGGCAGUACUGAAGGAGGCUUACAGGGUGCUAAAGGAUGGAGGUGAGAUGUAUUUUAGUGAUGUCUAUGCAAACCUAGAACUCCCUGAAGAAAUCAGAAAACACAAGUUAUUGUGGGCAGAGUGUUUAGGUGGAGCCUUGUUUUGGAAAGAUUUAGUGAACAUAGCCAAGGAAGCUGGAUUCACCACCCCUCGCUUGGUGACUGCCAAACAGGUCAUGGUCAACAACAAAGAACUGGAAGCUGCCAUUGGUGAUUGCAAGUAUGUUUCAGCUACUUAUCGCUUAUUUAAAAUCCCCAAGACAUGUGCAAAGGAAAAGUGCCAGGUUAUUUACAAUGGAUCAAUCAAAGACUAUGAAAAGGAAAUGGAGUUCGACUCUACCUAUACAUUCAAGGAAGGGGAUAUAACAGAUGUUGAUGAAGAACUGGCUGCUAUUUUGAAAUAUUCAAGAUUUGCAGAUGAUUUUAUGAUGCGACCACAGGGAGGGAAGCAGACUGGAGGAUGCUGUCCUAAUCAGCCUAAAGAAAUCCUCGUUGAUCCAUUCUUGCUGGCUGAACAGGUAAAGGGAGGUAGCUGCCUGCCCGGUACCAAAGGGUCAUGCUGCAGUACGAAGAGCUGUUGCUGAAGUGAAGGGUGUUGACAAAUACAUAAUAAAGGGGUUGUUCAAAGUGUUGUACUGUAACUGAUGCCAACAUGUAAGGCAUAUGAGUUAUUGAUGUGUAGCACUGCAACUGAUAUUCUAGUAUUCUGUUAAACACAUUAUAAAACACUGCACGGUUUUGUUAAAAGUUAACAUCACAAAACACAGUUGUAUAUCCAUGUUAAUUUAUCCUUUUAAUCAAACAUGAUUUUAUUUUCAGUUGGCACUGUGUUGAACUUUUGUGCAUUUCAUCGCCAUAUUUUGUACAACCGUUUUGCUUUAUUUUCACAGUAGAACAUUUCUGUGUGCAAUGCAGCAUUAAGUAGUUAAAAAAUAGACAAGUUACUUUUUGCAUUUUUCUCUUCAGAAAAGUUAGAUGGUCAUACAAGUUUUUAUUUCUGUGAAUUAGUUUAUACAGUCAGUAUUAGAAAGUGUAAUACAAAUAAACAUGACAAAAUAAGUUGCAUAUUUCUUGACUGUUCCUCUACCGUUUUAGGGGUUACUGGUGGAUCUUUUAUUUUGAGGAUAUUGUGUUUUCAUUUCAGAGUUAUAAUCUAGCAGAGUGAAAGAACAUUGAUGUGAAAUGAGUCCUAUAUCACAAUCAGAUGGAACCUUACAUUAAUCAGUCAUUCUUUCUUCCCUUCCUAACAUUUUUAUAUUUGCAGUUCUCCAAAUCUGUCCUUGCAGUUAGAUUACUCGGUGCUCACAGCUAACAUGAUGUCCUGUUUUGCUGUGGGCUGCAGAAGUGAGCAGCAUAUUCCUGUUUGAGAACUCAAUGGCACUUGUGUAAUGGGAAGACACAUUUGUAUUUUGAGUCCACACCAGUGUCGGUGCUGUCCAGUAUUCUGUUUGACUUUUCCCCUACCCUGUUAUAAUGUGUAGCGUAAUAUGUGGCUUUGAGGAUGAGUCUAACAGCUAAAUAAUUUUCUUCCUGUGUUCACCUAGUGGAUACUCCUGCUGGCAUGCAAGUUGUCACAUAUGGCCUCAGUAAAAAAAAAAAAUAAUAAUUGUAUGGUUGUGACCUUUUUCACAAUGACUUCACCUAACUCUUAAAUACUAAAACACAUUGGCCUGGUGAAUGGCUGACAGUUGUUGACCCCUUUUCCUUUUGUGGUACCAACCAUGAGGGCUGAACUUGUUUUCUAUCUUACCCUAAGUGCGUCUUUGACACAAGUAUGCUAGUCAGAACCAACCCUACCAUAAAACUUUGUAGCUUCCCAUUAAACACUGGUUUUCUGCUUGAAUUUUCCUGAUAACUUGGUACCUACAACUGUACCAUUUAAUUUUGCCAUUAAUCUCCUUUGAGUUACAUUGUCAAAGCCUUUCCUGAAGCCCACUGAGAAUUUCCCUUGCCAUUGUUUGUAGUGACCAGACCUGAGAGUGGAUCAGCUGUAUUGGAUGCAUUAAUCCAUGCUGUUUUCUGUGUAGUAGGCAACUGGAAUUCUUAAACUGUACUAGCUAGUCAGAACAAUAAUUUCCACAACUUUCCAGGGUUGAUGGCCAGGUCCAGGAUGCAGAGGUUUUUGCUUUGACUACAGCCCAGAGCCGGCCCAGGUCUGAGCUUUGACUUGUAGGUCCUUGUACUGGAGGAGUUAGGUAAGUGGUGAGAUGGCCAACCCUGGCUCUUCCCAUGGUACUGAUCUGCAGCUCAGGUGCCAUUUAACAGAUAGUAUGUUGAUAGGCUGUGACAUGGGAGUCUGAAGGCUCAGUCUUCUAAGGAAUACACAUGCACCUAGCCAGGUAAUGGAUGGGUAGGAACUCAUAUCUGCUGUUCAGCUGUUCAUUGCAGAUAUGCACAUGCCUUCUGGCCACUAGAGGGAGAGAGGAGCAAAUACAAAAAAAAAAAGAUUCAGCAUAUUGGGGUAACAUAGUCAAAAGGACUUCUGUAAGCUCAUGAUUAUUCCCUUCAACAAUAUGAAUACUAAUAUUAGAGACAGACUGAAAAACACUGCAGAGCUAUUUUUGGUUCUACAGACCUUUUGGGAAAUGACUCUUAAUUUGUUUAUAAAGAGGCCAGAAACCUUAAAACCUUGCUGGAAUCAGGAGGUAGUACUACUAGAAACUACUAAAAACACCUUACUAGGCAGUAGGAGUAUAAGGAAAUGUGGGGUUUGUGGCCAGUGCCAUUGCAUUUUUGAUUCCAACAACACUGUAGCAGCUAGUUACCAAUUCACCAAGUAGACAUGCAUAAGUUUGCAGGGAUUUGUAUUUAUUUAUUUUUUUUUUAUCCUGGAGAAGGUACUAAAUUUUACUAGAGGAGGAGACUGAAAAACCCAAUUUGAAUAGAGUGAGUAAUACUGGCAAAUUUUGUUGAAUGCAAGCCAACCCAUUUAAAUGAAAGAACAUUCUGCAAAAUUAUAAGUAAAUCCUACACAGAAACAGUUUUGUUGGGAUUGCUUUAAUAUUAAAAUACUUUUUUUAUUUUUCUGUGCAUGAAUUUGUAUGUAAUUGAACAUAUGCACUUUUUAAUAUUUAUGCAUUUUAAUUAUUUUUCUAAAAUAUUCAUUGUUUAGACAUUCUAUUUUAAAUGCUAACAUUUUUAGUAUGUCACUACCAGGGUUACUUGACAGGAUGCUUUUAUAUUACAUGAGAGGAAGUAAGUUGUUUUUAGUUCAGAUGAAAUUUAAUUUUAUACUGUGGGAAUUGAAAGUGCAUAACUUUUCUUAGUAAAUUGAGAAAUACUCUGAUUUAUAUGCCUUUGUUUGUUUGAAACAUAUUCUCACGUCAAAUUGACUUUUUGGUUACAAGCUGUCAUUGGAUACUAGUAUUGUGAUCCUGCAAAUGUUUCCUAUAUUUUCAUUGCAUAGCAUCAGGCAGGCAUGCCUUAAUCUUGCAUUCCUCCCCAAAUUUUACUCUAAGCCACUUACAGAAAACCUCCAAAUUACCCGGUACUGGAAAAAAUAUAAGCACAAUGUCACAAGUAACAACCAAUAUGUCAGCCACAAAAUACGGAGUUUGCAGCUCAAUCCUUUUAUUUGAAAACUUCCAUUAAAGCUCCCAAUAAAAACCUUCACAGUUGAACAUUCAAGUUUUAGCGCUUUUGUCUUUGAAUAAAGACAUCAUCAAAAUAAUGAAUGAAACAUCAACAUACAUCAUUUGAAAAUAUGAAUGAAGUUAACGCACUUUCAAGUAUGACCAAUCAAAAUCUGCCAUACUGACAUCACAGUGAUCUGGCUUAUAACUACAUACACAAUUCUCUUCAAAUCUUUCUCAUAAAACUGUAGCAGAGUAAAAACCAUGUACCAAAAACAUUUUUGACCAUAUUUUAAAAAACUACCAAUGCAAAUAAUAUUACAAAAAAUGUAGCAGAAAAAUGAUUAUGUCCCUGUUAACGAAGGUAAACAUUUGUUAAACUACUAAAGCCUGCUUCUUUAAUUCGCUAGCAAUGGAAAUUGUUUCAUUCAGAGUGGGAUGAUUUGUACCAUCCAAUCUGAAUUGCCAGCACAUCUCCCUGUGCAAAAGUCUGUUUUCCCAGUCACCACUAUGUGGUGAAGCCCUAAUUUGUUCAAAAACAAAAAAGUGAACUUAGUAAAUUCGUUGCACACCAUAGAAUGUCUUGCUACUGUGCUCUUGCAGUCUUUACGCUGCUGUGAAGAUGCUGAUGGAUAUGUUCAUUGAAUGCAGUUUCAGUUUUCCCACAUGAAAUGUAGGACAUGUAGUAUAGGUAGCUAAGUAUACCAUUCUCUGUGAAAAACAAUUAUACGAGGCACUUCAGUCAAAAGUAUUCACUUUACUUAUUAGAGGUCCUUUGUAAUUUGUGUUGCUAUAUGAACAUUGGUGGCAGUGACCACAUUUUUUCAUUGUUUGUAGCUCAUUGUUGGACAUCUUAGUUUUCUCUAAUAAAAGUUUCAUGUUGGA